AUGGAAGAGCCUUCAAAGAAGAAGAUCAAAAAGAAUUCCAACGUCGUCAGGCGCCGUGCUCUCACGGCGUGUAAUACGUGUCGGAUCAAGAAGGUCAAAUGUGACAAUAUCCGACCCCGUUGUGGCUCCUGUGUCAAGAAUGGAGUGGAUAACUGUGAGUACAGCCACGAAGACCAGUUUAAAGAUGUCUCAUUAGACCCUACAUCGGUGACGAUUUUACUGAAAUUAGACGUGAUUUUGGAUGAGAUGAAAACCAUGGGGGCUUCCCGUCCACGGACUAAGGCUUUUGUCACGGCGUCUCGAAACGGAGUGUGGGACAUGUCUUUUUCUUCGUUUAUGCAAUGGAGGUUUUUCAACGAGAAAAUGCCUGAACUCAGUGAGGAGUCAGACGAGAUGGAGGCACGGUUGAUGGAACUCUACACGUCGGGAGAAUUAGACUCUGCGGCCGAAGUAGACGACAUUUUGGGGGUUUUGAAGUCCAUUGAAGAGGUGAUGACUGGGUCUUUGCUGCAGAGUUUGAACUCAUAUUUUGUCAACUGUCACACCAAAGUGCCGUUAGUUGAUGUGCUUGAUUUCAUUGAAUCGGUGGAGAUUUACAAGGCUCUUCUCAAGGCGAUUCCGGGGUUUACACUUUCAAAACUUGCAUUGGCGUAUCAUCGCGCCCAGGGAGAGGAUCGAGAAAUUGAUGCAAAAUACAUGGAUGCGUUGACAGAGAUUUCGAUCAGAGAUCCUCAAGCACGGAAGGAUGCUCUAGACAGCUUGUGCAGGAAGAUUCCUUUGAUUCCGGUGGUGUGCGCUCUUGGCGUACUUUCAUCACCAAUACAGUUUGACAACUUUGCUAAGUACAAGAGCUCUGUGGAAGAAAGAAACGAUGUGACAACGAGCUGUUUGACAAGAGAGAGCAUUUCCAAGAUCCCUGAACUGGUCAAGAAAGAACGGUUUUCGAUUGCAAAUAGCCUUGUCACUUACGCCAAGGUGAUCGUUGACAUUUUCCCCAGCAUCUGUAAGGAGUACACCACUGAGUCCAUUGUUUUCAACAUUUUGCUACACCAAUUUUCCAUGUAUACCAUGCGUCCCAUUGUGGCUUAUAGACAUAUCAACUUGGCGUGCCAUGACAUUAUGUACUUCAUCGAGAAAAGUAAAAACGGUGGCCAUGUGUACUAUAAAGAUGAAGCUACCAAAGGCUUGAUGGAGAGGAUGUUUUGGAUAUGCUUGAAGCUUGAGUGUGAAAUGAGAGCUGAGUUGUCACCCCGGGUGCCCGUGUCUGGGAUCUUGGACAUUGAACCUCCUUGUAAUUUUCCUACUGUUCCCGAUCCAAUCAUCAAUCAACUAGAAAGUGAAUAUCAUAGCGUGGAAAGUGUACGAAUUGCAACCAAAUUCGAUGACCAAUACACCUGGUACUAUUUCUUGACUGAAGUGGCAACUCGGAAAGUCGACAAUGAGAUGUUUGAUGAGUUUUACUCCAUCGAUGCUAAUGAAGCUGGGUUGUUUGAUCAGCCCAAGUUUUAUGACGAGACCUUUUGGAUAUCUUUUAUCCGGUAUAGCAACCAGUAUAACGGAAUUAUCAACUCUUUGAGUCCAAGAAUUAGAAAUUUCGUAUUGAAAGAGGUUGACAUAGCACAGGUAUUUAAGUCCAUUUCCAGUGCCUACGAACGAAGACGCGCAAAUGAUGGCACCAGUAACCAAGUGUUAUCAGACCACUUGGAUGAUUUCUUGAUAGACGAUAACUUGAUUAUUCAAGCCCAAUCGGAGGCCAUUAUGUAUAUUAAAACCCGAAUCCUAACUUCCAAAUUGUUGCUUUUCAGACCAAUGAUAUACUUUAUUUUGGAAGAUAAGAUUCCUAUUGAGGAUUUAAUCGAGGCAGUGGUAGGUUUAAUCUCCGAUGAGCAGACCCAAUAUAACGAUAUGGGUGAUCAUUCUAGUACCAGUUCCUCAGAUGUGCCAACAUCCUCUUUCGAUCAUGAUGUGGGAAUAAACUACGAGAAACUCCUCGAGGCGCCUUUGUAUUUCCAAAAGAACAACACCCAUGAGGAUUUCUCCAAUUUCUUCACCAGUGACGGUAAGCUGGAUGAGUCUGCUUUUAAAAUGAAUCUCUUGGGAGAAGCAAGGAAGAAGACGCUCAAGUUGUUUCUUAUAAAUCUAAAAUCAAUGCCCAAACUUAAUAUGCCGAAGUUAGGUGGUCACAGGCACCCAGGACAGUGGUUUUAUCUUCGAAACUUAUUAAUCGGAGGUUUCUACUUGUUUUUAUUGCAUAAAAAGAUUGGUGACUUACUUGAAGCCAUCAGGUCUGACGAAAAUCAAAGAUCGGUAUUUUCGUCCAAUCCCAUUAUUCAAUCUCUUGGUAACUUGUCAGAUGUGUUUGAUUCAAUUUUACCCAAAGAGAUGGUCACAUCCACUUUGGAACACUCGUUGUUGGUGUAUGAAUACUGGAAAAAAGAAUCUAAGGAUUGUGAGGUAUACGCAGAAAUCAUCAGCAAGCUUUUGGCAGCGUGUCAAGAUUAA